AUGAACUACGGGAGGCUGUCAGUGUAUGUUUUUAUAUGUUAUUCAAAGAAAAAGUUCAUUAAAAAAAUAUUAUAAACAAUAAUAAACAAGUUAUAAAAAAUGUGAGAAUUAAAUAGUUAUUGACAUUUUAUAAUUGACCUCAACGUACCAAAAACACAAUCGAACCAAAGACAUGGAUAUGAGUCUAUACAAUCAAAGUUAUGAGUCUAGUCGUGAGCGUAGAUGUUCUAAAAAAUGUCCGCGUUGUACCUCACCUGUAUGUAAAUAUGUCUCUAAAAAAACGUGUAUUUUAUGUAAUCGCUGGUUUUCGAAUAAUGAAUGUUAUAAGAAUCAUUUAAAAUUAGCUUCAGCUAAUUUAUGUGGAAAAAAUAAGGCUCUUACAGUUCGAACCAAAGACAUGGAUAUGAGUCUAUACAAUCAAAGUUAUGAGUCUAGUCGUGAGCGUAGAUGUUCUAAAAAAUGUCCGCGUUGUACCUCACCUGUAUGUAAAUAUGUCUCUAAAAAAACGUGUAUUUUAUGUAAUCGCUGGUUUUCGAAUAAUGAAUGUUAUAAGAAUCAUUUAAAAUUAGCUUCAGCUAAUUUAUGUGGAAAAAAUAAGGCUCUUACAGUUCGAACCAAAGACAUGGAUAUGAGUCUAUACAAUCAAAGUUAUGAGUCUAGUCGUGAGCGUAGAUGUUCUAAAAAAUGUCCGCGUUGUACCUCACCUGUAUGUAAAUAUGUCUCUAAAAAAACGUGUAUUUUAUGUAAUCGCUGGUUUUCGAAUAAUGAAUGUUAUAAGAAUCAUUUAAAAUUAGCUUCAGCUAAUUUAUGUGGAAAAAAUAAGGCUCUUACAGUUCGAACCAAAGACAUGGAUAUUAUUAUAAAGACUGGAUUUCAGUCCAUCACCUAUCAAAUAGAAUUUCAGCCAGAGACAAUGACCAAAGGCAAAAAACUUGUUGAUGCUGAACAUGUAAGAGAAGUCGAGGAACAUCGACGAAACUUGGAAAGUUUUUUGAUAAAAUCUCGCGUUAUUCGGCAAGCAUCAGUCCAUGCUACACCUUAUGCUACUUCUUUAGACAUAAACUCUGCACGUUUCGUGACAAAUGUACACUGUAAUUGUGUAUAUAAUAAGAGCGGCAAGUGUAAACAUGUUGCUGCGUUAAUUUAUUUUAUUAAUAAUGAAGAAAGUGCUUCAAAAACGAGUCGCGAGCAGCAAUGGGGUAAGCCGGGCGCACGUCAAUUUGCUAAACACAAAUAUUCUAAAGGAGAGUAUUUCAAAAAAAUGAUGCCGCAUAAAUACACUCAAUUACAUGAGCCUCAGAAUGUUUUAAUAACUUAUUUAAAAGUCGAUUCACCUUUAAAACGAAUUAUGGAAGCACAGUUAACAAAAAAUAAUAAACAUACAGUAAAAAAUGUGAUUAACUCUCUGUUGGCGCAAGUAGAAUUGAAUUUAGAGGAAGAAGAAUGUGCUGCAUGUUUACAAAAUUUUUUAAUUUUUUGCGGGGAACAUUCUAUUUAUGAAAGUCAAUAUAAGCUGGAUCCGAAUCUCCGAGAGUUUUUUUUGAAUAAAGUGCAAUUAUCGGAAGAUGAAAUCAUUCAACUCUCAUGUGAAACUGUUCAACAGUCUUCUUGUAACAAUUGGUUCCAAGCUAGACGCUUAAGAAUUUCUGCAAGUUCAAAUGUUCAUCAUAUAAAAAUUCUAAGCAGGAAACCAGUUGAAAAUUUGGUUUCAGACAUGCUAAAUCCAUCUACAAUUAAAAGCAGCUCUACUAAAUAUGGUUUAAAAAUGGAAUCUUCUGCUAAAGAAAAAUAUGAACAAAUGUACAACUGUACUGUUAAACGGGUUGGUGUAAUUGUCAGUAAAUAUCAGCCUUGGCUUUGUGCAAGUCUUGAUGGAGUUGUCAUCGAUGACGGUUGUACUUCUAAAAUUGUUGAAUUCAAAUGUCCUAGUACCUGUGAAAAUAAACCGGUUAUCAAUGAUGCUGAUCAAGUUAGUAACGUAAGGUAUUUAGAAUUUAUUAAUGAUAAAUUGGAGCUCAAAAAAUCUGAUGGUUAUUACACUCAAAUUCAAGUACAAAUGUACGUCACCGGCAUGAGUGUUUGUGAUCUCUUCGUUUUUUCACCAGUUGAAAAUGGCUGUUGUUUAAUAGAAGUCCACAGACACGAAGAAUUUUUAAAAAAUGUAAUUUUGAAGAGUGAGAAAUUCUAUUUCGAGCAAUAUUUGCCAGCUUUGUUUGCAACAGUAGCAACUACUGACAUUAAUAAAGAAAAUACUGAUAACAACGAUGGAAAUACUGACAAUUUAGAUAGUAGUAAUAAAGAUGAAAGUGCAAACCAAAAACGAAGCUUUACUGAAAGUGAUCUUACAAAUAUUUUAAUAUAGUAAUUUAUUUUCAAUAAUUUAUAACGGCA